AUGUGUGUACGUAAAAUCCUCCCUUGUCCCAGUGCCGGGAAAAUUGCUCCAUUUCUUGCAUAUUUCUCAACAAAGCCCCACCCACUCCUCCAAAACACUGAACAUGAAUUCAGCAAUUUUGCACAACCGUCAGAAGAAAAAUCUACAGAUAAUAUCACUCCCAUAAUCGACAGAAAAUAUUGGACAGGCCGUAUCCACAAGCUGUGCACCGUCUACUAUGACGUGGACGCCGCCCUUGACCUCCUCCAUGACCUCGCUGUACGUGGUUUCCGGCCGGACUCACUCAAUAUCAGCAGCAUUAUACACGCAUUCUGCGAAUCAGGCCGAUUCUCGGAAGCCCACAAUCGUCUUCUUCUUUUUGUUGGCUGUCGUUGCACCCCAGAUGAGCGGACUUGCAAUGUUUUAAUUGCACGCUUGCUAGAUGCGCGCGAGCCAUAUUGUACAUUGCGCGUCAUUCGGGCGUUGAUUGAUGAUAAGCCUAAUUUUAUCCCUUCUUUGAUGAAUUUUAACCGGCUAAUUGAUCAGUUUUGUAAUUUGGAGAGCCUGCGUGAAGCCCAUUCGCUGUUUUAUCAUAUGAUGAGCAGAGGUCACCGCCCCAACGAUGUUUCUUACACUACUUUAAUUAAUGGGUAUUGUAAAGUUGGGGACAUGGGUGCUGCUCAGAAGCUGUUCGAUGAAAUGUCCGAGUAUGGAGUGAAGUGCAAUGCACUCACUUACAGUGUUCUGAUUCGUGGAAUUUUGCGGAAAAGGGAGUUUGAAUAUGGGAAAGAAUUGAUGAGAAGGCUUUGGGAUGGUAUGAAAACUGAGGAGGAUAUCCAUGUUAACAAUGCAGCCUUUUGUAAUGUUAUUGAUUCUUUAUGUAGAGAAGGGUUGUUCCAUGAAGCAUUUAAAAUUGCAGAAGAUAUGCCGCAAGGGAAGAAUGUUGUAGAAGAAUUUGCUUAUGGGAAACUGAUUGAUUCACUGUGUACAUUUGGGAGGUGCAAUGGAGCUGCAAGGAUUGUUUAUAUGAUGAGAAAGAGAGGGAUUACGCCAAGCUUGUCAUCAUAUAAUUCAAUUGUACAUGGUCUAUGCAAGGAGGGUGAUUGCUUAAGGGCUUAUCAGUUGUUGGAAGAAGGGAUUGAGUUCGGGUACUUACCGUCGGAGUUCACUUAUAAGAUCUUAGUUGAAGGUCUUUGUUAUGAAUUUGAUAUUACUAAAGCAAAAGACGUUCUAAAUAUGAUGUUGAGCAAGGAACGUGUUAACAGGACUAGGAUAUACAAUAUAUUUUUGAGGGCGCUUUGUCUUAUGAAUAACCCAACUGAGCUCCUCAAUGUACUUGUUUCUAUGUAUCAAGCACAAUGCCAGCCAGAUAUCUUUACCCUCAAUACUGUUUUAAAUGGAUUUUGCAAAAUGGGAAGAGUUGUAGAAGCUUUACAGGUUCUUCGUGAGAUGAUGUCAGGGAAGUUUUGUGCGCCAGAUAAGGUGACUUUCACAACUAUUAUUUGUGGGUUGUUAAAUGUAGGAAAGGUGGAAGAAGCUCGCAAUUUUUUGUAUAAAGUCAUGCCAGAGAAUGGUUUAUCCCCUAAUGUUGUUACAUAUAAUGCAGUUCUUCGUGGAUUGUUCAAACUAGGCCUGGCAAAUGAAGCUAUGGAAGUUUUUGAUAAUAUGGUCUCUAGUGGAGUGUUUGCUGAUUGCACUACUUAUACUAUUGUCAUUGAGGGGCUAUGUGAUUCUCACAGGAUAGAUCAGGCUAAAAGAUUUUGGGAGGAGGUCAUUUGGCAUUCUGGAAUUCAUGACAAUUUUGUUUAUGCCGCCAUACUUAAAGGGCUUUGCCGCUCGGGAAAAUUUAAUGAGGCAUCUGACUUCCUAUAUGAAUUGGCAGAUUGUGGUGUUCCUCUCAAUAAUGUAAAUUACAACAUUGUCAUUGACAAUGCUUGCAAGUUGGGUUUGAAGAGAGAAGCUUAUCAGAUUGUGGGUGAAAUGAGAAAGAAUGGGUUGACCCCAGAUGCUGUAACUUGGAGAAUACUAGAUAAAUUGCAUGAUAAUGUAGGAAAUACAUUUUGUGAGGAUUCAGCUUUGCAAUCUAUUGAGUUUGCACAGUAA